AUGUGUUUUGGCUUAUCGCGCAGAGAGGCAUAUGACUCUCCACCCCCGCGGCGCGCUUACUACGGCCAUGACGCCUACAGCCAGUACACAUACAACAAGGACUACAAAGCAUCUAAAAAUAAAAAGCAGCGUCGCGCACGUCGAAACGCUGCUACUAUUGCUGGAGGUGGAGAUGGCGGAGGUGGAGAUGGUGGAGGUGGUGGAGGAGGAGAUGGUGGCGGCGGGUGUUGCUAG